AUGAUUGGUAGCAUCGACUACAUGCACUGGCAAUGGAAGAAUUGUCCAAUUGCUUGGCAAGAGGAUUAUGGAAAUAGGAAAGGGCAGAAAAGUAUCAUCCUUGAAGCCGUUGCUGGAUUCGAUAUAUGGGUUUGGCAGGCCUUCUUCGGAGUUGUCGGAUCUCAAAACGACUUGAACGUCCUGGGUCAAUCCUUGGUGUUCAAUGAUGUUUUGAGAGGUGAAGCCCCGAAUAUCACCUAUGAAAUCAACAAUACCAUCUACCAGAAUGAGUAUUAUCUAGUUGACGGCAUCUACCCAAGGUGGACCACAUUUGUGAAAUCACUUCCACAUCCCCAAUCCCAAAAGAAAAAAGUAUUUGCUGCCUAUCAAGAGGGUUACAGAAAAGAUGUGAAGAGGUGCUUUGGUAUUCUCCAAGCUCGUUGGGCUAUUAUUAGGGGCGCGGCGCGUCUAUUUGACGAGGAGGUACUUAGGAGCAUAAUGAUGACAUGCAUCAUCCUCGAUAACAUGAUUGUGGAGGAUGAGUAUGAUUACGAUGUUGAUGAAGUGUAUGACCCAGAUCCCAUGAACACGGCCUUGACAUGA